AGGAGCAUCACUCACGCAUAUUUGAUGGUUGCCUUGUGUUGUUCAACGCCACAGCGAAAAGGACACGAUGUCGUGAAAGAGCUAAGCUUCUGAUCGAACCCUCUUCCAAGUCCCAGAUGAAGCUUCGCACCAUGCGUCUCUUGAUACAGCCCGCACUCGCACUUUUUCUAUGCCUAACCGGCCCAGUAUUUGCUCUGGGCGGAGCCUCUGGCAAAGCUCCCGGGAAAAAUGCCAUUCUUCUCUCUAAGGUCAACACCCUGACUCUCCGGGAUGGCCACAUGACGACCUCUCGCCGCGUGUCCCCGAUCCCACAGCUCCAUUGCACAGGUCCCUCCAAGCGCAUCUGUGACCUCUACACUAUCGAGACUAUGCGCUGCACAAACGCAGGCUACGACUAUGAUGAAGAAGAUGUGCAAUGGACAUGUACAGCGUCGUUGCCUCCGGAGUUCAAACUGGGCUCGACAGACGUCGUCUGCGAGGGCUACCGCAGUGCCGAAGACAAAUGGGUGUUGAAGGGGAGCUGUGGCGUUGAAUAUCGCCUUUUACUCACGGACUUAGGAGAGCAGCGGCUCGGCAAGAUACAUAAGAGUGAAUGGUCACUCCCCUCGAGUAACGGCUGGCGCAAGACAUUCGGGGUCUUGGGAGAUCUCUUAUUCUUCGGAUUUAUGAUCGCUGCCUUUGUGAUGAUCAUAAUACCUAUGCUCCGUAAUUGUCUGGGGCUACAGAGGAACAGAAGGGAAGGAAAUCCUCGACGAGGUUGGGGGGGAUUUUGGGGAGGAGGAGGAGGAGGAGGAGGUGGUGGUGGUAAUUAUCCUCCAGGGCCUCCACCCCCAUACAACGGCUACUCAGACUGUGGAUCUUCAACUCCCCGAGCAUACGAGCAGGGUUGGAGACCAGGGUUCUGGACGGGAGCUUUGGGAGGUGCAAUGGCUGGAUAUCAAAUGGGGAGAAACCGAACCCAGGACUCGAGGCCCGCAAGGAGCUGGACAGCCUCUUCGUCCUCAAGGUCCAGUGAAUCGAGUUCACGGGCUCAAAAUUCGCCUUCGUUUUCUGCUUCUACAACUGGCACAGGAUUCGGCUCAACUAGGCGCAGGUAAUCAUUUAGAGAGCAAGAUCAGUUAGUCCUGCAAUAGACAAUUGAUCAUAAUUGUGGUGUCAUCAUGAUGAUAUAUAAUGAAAACACAAGAACGUAACACUUGCUGCUCUAGAACCAUCCUCACUUAAACAGAAGCCACCAUUAACAAAACGCCUGCCGUCGCUAAAAAAA